AUGGCAUGUAAAAGAAAACAAUGGUCCACCCAAUCUAUGGAAAUAGCUGUUGCCAGUGUCAGAGAAGGAACGAAUGGAUUGAGAGAGGCAGCAAGGAUGUACAACUUGCCAGUUGAAUCAUUGAGAAGAAGAGUCCAUGAUAUUGUUGCUAUCGAUUGUCGUCCAGGCCCACCCACUGUUCUAAUGAAAGAAGAAGAAGACCGUUUAUACCAAUACCUCUUAGAAAUGGCUGAUAUGGGCUAUGGUUUAAAUAGAGAGACCAUAAUGAAGUUAGCCUUUACAAUUGCUGAAAAGACAGAGAAAUCUCAUCCAUUUAAAGGAGAAUCAGCGGGCCGAGCGUGGUUUGACGGGUUUAGAAGGCGUUACCCUCGUCUUACUCUUCGUAGUCCUCAACCAUUAUCUCAAGCCAGAGCAUUUGCAGGAAGCCCAGAAAUAAUCAGUGAUUUUUUCGGUAAAUUGGGUGCUCUAUAUGGACGUCUUAACUUAUUGUCUAAACCAAUGAUGAUAUAUAAUGCCGAUGAAAUGGGCAUUUCAGUUGUACAUAAACCAGGAAAAGUAGUGGCGGAACUGGGUCGAAAUCAUGUUUAUUCUGUCGUAUCAGGAGAGAGAGGUAAAAACCACACUAUUAUGGCUUGUGUGUCAGCGUCGGCAUUCGUUUUACCACCCAUGAUAAUCUACCCUCGAAAAAGGGGACUACCUGAUAAUUAUAAAGCUGGAGCUGUUCCAAACACCUUAUUUGUUACCAGCACAAAUGGCUGGAUAAACUCAGAGUUGUAUUUCGAAUGGCUUAAGUUUUUUUCCAAUAAUAUUCCUCCUGCCAGGCCGGUUCUUCUUGUGCAAGAUGGCCAUUCUUCUCACAUGUCCAUAGAGGCAAUUGAAUAUGCUAAGAGCAAUCAAAUCUACAUUCUCUGCCUUCCUUCACACACGACACACAUCUUACAACCUUUAGAUAUUGGUGUUUUUAAGUCGUUUAAAUCCAACUUUUCUAAAGCUUGCACUAAUUACGUUAGUAAAAAUCCUGGUCGUGUUAUUACUCCCGAUCUAUUGUCCUCUCUAGUUUCUGAAGUGUGGCCAGUCUCUGUGACACAUCUUAAUAUAAUGAGUGGUUUUCGUAAGUCUGGACUGUUUCCAUUCAACCCAAGUGUUGUAAACGACAGAUUAGGUCCUUCUAAAGUGUUUAAGGAGGAGAGUAAAAGCAAUGGGACUCCUGAAUUCGCUCCACCCACCAUUCCACCUUCUACAAUUGAUAGUCCUUCAACACCAGAAAUAUGUGAUGUUUCUUCUGCACAUGUACUAAGCGAUACUCAUUCUAUUAAUCCUACUCCAUCUGUUGAUAUUUCUCCUGUACCUCUACCUCAUAUGGAUACAAAUAGUAGUGUAUCUGUAAAUGAUGAUGAUACAGAACUGUUUACAGAAGAACAGGAGAAACUCUUCUCUAAACGUUUUGAAGAAGGCUAUGACCUGUAUGAUCCUUUAUUUGUCACCUGGCUUAAAAUUAGGCACCCAUAUCGCUGUGUUUCGGUAUCUUCUGAUGCGUUAUCUGAAU